AGUUGUAAGCCAUGCAUAAGAACAACUUUGGGGUUGCCAGGUUGUGUCCUUCUCCAGCAUGACACCUUUACAUUAACAUUUAUAACUUUAUACCUGUGCUCCACUACAUAUAGGCAGGAAAUAUUGCGCUUUUUACGCCACUACAUUUAUUUGCAAGUUGGAUUAAUGACCUGAUUCUGCUUAAUAUUUAGAAGUCUCGCUAAUAAGUGGUGACAGAGUAAAGAAGGGUUGUCCACAAUCUGGCAACCUAAAUGUUGUUCCUAUUAACAGCUGACAACUGGUCUGUAAAGCAUCGGUAAGCGAUUUAUCAACAUUAAUAAGGCCAUUAAUUACAGUGUAUAGUAGUGCUACCGUUUUUGUGAUCGGGACCUCGUGCGGUGAACCGGAGGAAUUCAGACGUGACACCGGGCGGCACACGCCCUCUACGUCACUCACCGAGCUCAGAGCCUCAAAGUGAAGACGCUCAACUUUCCUGCCUUCACUUUGUCUGCUCUCCUGCCGCCGUCUCCUUGCUCCGUCCACAGCUGCGGAGACACACAGGAAACAUGUUCAUUACCUCGGCGCGGAACAUUUCGCAACUUUUAGUCUACUGACGCACCGCCUCCAGCCCUGUACCACAGGUAAACUCACCUGGCUAGUCUUUUGAGUAACUCCUUUGUUCUUACUUUGCUGUUAUAUUUUGACUUCUGUCGGCAAAAUUUGUUUUGUCCGCUUUAUUUUGUUGCGUGUUUUCGACAAGAACUUGUUUCUUUUCUGUGAACUUUUUCUUCUUCCCUUCUUUGCUGCUGUUGACUCACCUCUAAAAUGGCCCAGCAGAACCACAGCUGUCAUUAUAACGAGUCCAUGGGCUUCUUCUACUCUAACAUUGGCGCUGUCGACAAAUGGGACAAAACUCAGCUCAUCCUGGUCCAGGUGGUGGGCUCUCUCUUCUGCUGCUUCAUCCUGGUCUCCAACGCCAUGGUCAUAGCUGCUGUCAUCACCAACAAGAGGUUUCACUACCCUUUCUACUAUCUUCUCGCCAACCUUGCUGCCUCAGACUUCCUCGCAGGCAUAGCGUACGUGUACCUCAUGUUUAACACAGGCGAGGUGUCAUGGCAACUGACAGUAAGAGAAUACUUUAUCCGGCAAGGUCUGCUGGACGUCAGUCUGUCAGCCUCGCUGGCUAACUUGCUGGUAAUAGCUCUGGAGCGCUACAUCUCCGUCAUGAACUGGAAGGUCCACAGCAACCUGACGAAGAGGAGAGUGACCCUGCUGAUCGUGCUCGUGUGGGCCAUCUCCAUCCUCAUGGGGGCUGUGCCCAGUCUGGGCUGGAACUGCAUCUGCAACCUGGGCGACUGCUCCCGGCUGGCUCCCAUCUUCAGCAGGAGCUACCUGACUUUCUGGUCUGCGUCCAAUCUGGUGGUGUUCCUGAUCAUGGUGGCCAUUUACGCGAGGAUCUAUGCCUACGUCAAGAAGAAGACGUCGGUGCUCACGCCGCACACAAGUGGCUCCAUCAACCGCAAGAGGACGCCCAUUAAGCUCAUCAAGACAGUUAUGGUUGUGCUUGGGGCCUUUGUGUUCUGCUGGACCCCAGGUCUGGUUGUUCUGCUACUGGACGGCCUCAACUGUCAGAGCUGUAAAGUCGUGAAAUUAAAACGCUGGCUGCUACUCCUGGCCGUACUCAACUCCGUCAUGAACCCCUGCAUCUACUCCUACAAGGAUGAAGAAAUGUGGACGACCUUCAAGAACCUCAUGCGCUGUAUUGGCAACGGCACUCGGCGGCAGCGGUCGACGAAGGCCAACGCCAGGCCGCUCAGCUCUGCUCAGGAGACGGGCAACAGUCAGCCCCCGUCAGAGGAGAUGAAAAGCGAUCAGGGUAUACUCAAGACCUGAAAAUGGAACUUAAUGAGAAUUUUGCUAAACUUCUUUCCAGCUUCGACUGGACGUACCUUACGAAGAUACGGUUGGAGUUGACUUGAAAGAGAAGCUACACACACCAGUUGCUCUCAGGAGGUCGUUGUUGUCCUCAGAUUAAAAGUACUUUCUUGACAAGACACUUCAGGCCAACUGCUCCUGUGUAAAGCUGAUGGAGAUAAGAGACUUAGAUGCACUAAUUAUCCCCCAUAUCGAUGCAAAGAUGUUUCAGUUUCUUUUUUCUCUGUCGUCAGGAUUUAUUGAACACAUGACUCGCAUUUUUAUAUAUAUAUAUAUAUGUGUAUAUAUAUAUAUAUAUAUAUAUGUGUGUGUGUGUGCUGAUGCUGUUUCAUCCUGCUUUUUAUUUCCCUUGUCACAUCCCCGGAUGAUACUGUUCUCCGAUGGCUGAAGAAAGAACCCAGUAUGAGGUGCACAGCGGUACAUUUCUACUUUUUCCUCACAAGGGGUAAAAAACGUGUAGUGGGUGCUUUUACUUUCACCCCAAUGUAAAUUUUUGUAAAACUUAAACAGAAAUAUAACUUGUUUAUAGGCAGGUACUAUAAAACUGUAGGUUUGCCUGAAUAGGGCAUGAUUUUAAUGAUUAUUUCCUGUUGUUAAACUGCUGUACUGUAUGCAUCCUGUAAUAGGUAAUUUCAGCUGUGUGGUAGCUAGCACGCUCAGUGAGACCUGAUUGUUUUGGCCAUUAUUUGCAAAACUUUGAAUGAGUUUAGACAAUCCCACCCAUCUUUCUUUUGUAAAACAAUUUUGCUUCUGGGGAACAGAUAAUGACAUCAGCCCUCCCUCGCCCCAGCUGUCGCGUUUUAUCAGCUUACCAAAACAAACGGACAACCUCCCACCUGCAGCACCUGACGCCGGCAGACUUGUUCUCCCUGUAGCAUUCCUACACAUCCGCCUCGACUCACUGAACUCAUUGGCUGCGGUUGCUGCGACGAAACAGCUGCUUACCUGAGAGUGGAGGGGUUGUAAAAAUGAUGUUGCAACACACUGGAUUCCUUUUGGAAGUUCUGUGCACUGCAGGAAGAGAAUAGGACAUGACUGAAUACAAUCCCAACCCCCCGCACACCUCUGGGCUGCUCCAUUGCUAAAUCAUUGACAGGGUUCAAAUGCCUUUUCGUCAACCUGCUGUACAGUGUUUAUGCCACUCCUGCUGUAGAGGACAUGACAUCAUGUUUGUUAUUUUUUCUUGGGAGUGUAGGAAUGCCACAUAUGAGACUUGUGUGUGGAAAGGUUUACAGCUUCAGUGGUCCUUCAUUAUUGAACUGAGGCUAUUUGUGAUAACUUCCUGUGUGAUGCGACUUUUAUAAGUGUUGGACAUUUUAAAAUCAUAAAAGUUAACCAAAUUUGUUAAGUCACAGCUUUUGGAGUUUUGUGUUUUUGUUAUUGUCAAACAUCAUGAUAAUAUGUACAGUAUGUCUGUUUUCUCCUGAUGACAUGACACAGAAACAGCAAGCAGCAUAGAGGUUAGUUUCACAGUAGGGUUAGCAAUGACUGCAUAGUUAUCUAAUGUGAACAUCAGGUUGAAUACGAUUCCCUUAAAGUUCUCAAAAUGGGUCAAAUAAUAUGUAUUUAUACUGUACAUAAUUUAAUAUCUGCUAUUAUAAUGUAUUUUAUAAUAACAGUACACAAAUAUACAGAAUGUGACAUAAACUUUUAUGAAUUUGCAUUCACUACAUUUUUAUUCACCACAACACAGUGGUAUUGCUCAGACCCCUGUGUUGGUCCAUACUAAAAUAUCUCAACAACUAUUGGAUGGAUUGUCAUGAACCUUUGUCAGUAUCCACUGAUGUUUAAUUUAAGGUUACCAGCAGGUUUUCCUUCAUGAUGUCCAUAUUCUUAUGACAUUACUGAUCCCCUGACUUUUCCUCUGGUGCCACCAUGUGUUUGAUAUUUGUGGUUUUGGGUGAAACAUCUCAGACGACUAAUGGAUUAAUUACUGUUACAAUUUGGUACUGAUAUUCAUGUCCUCCUCUAGACUAAUGGCAGCAUGCUACCAUGCUAAACUAAGAUGGUAAAAACAUUAUCAGCUAAACAUCAGAAUGCAAUGUGAGCAUGUUGGUAUCCUAAUGAUUAGUUGCAGCCUCACAGAGCUGCUGUAGUAUCUGUAGCCUUUUAAAUGGUGGCUCACACCGCCUACUUGGCACCUGCAAUGGCUCUACCAAACCAUAAGCUUACCUGCAAAUCCUGUUUGACUGAGUCAGACUGAGUCUCCUGAUUUAAAAAAAAAAAAAAAGGUCACUAACUGCCUAUAAUGGUUAAGCCUAAAACCUCUGAUAACACCGCAGCGCAGACGUUAGUGUACUACCAGAAAUAGCACUGAAAUGAUUAUCUGAAGCUCCUAUUCCAUGACUUGCACUGCAGUCAAUAGCUGAUGAAGUACCACUGCUUGAGAUUUCUGGUGCUCUAGAGCUGCUACUUGAGGAUGAUUUACUCUAUUUGGGCCAAUUAAUGAGUGACCUUUAGUUUCCAUUCAGUCAUUCUCCUAUUGACCAAAAAUCCUGAAAAAAAGAAUUGACUCUUAAGUGGGAGGAACAAGAUCCUCCUCUAAAUUAGACUGCGAAGCACUGGGAUCAGUAAAAAAAAAAAAAAAAAACCCACAAACUAUUUUAAUGUACAUUUAACACAGCUUUCCUUGAGCAACAGUAACCUGACACUGUUUGAACUGUCCUGUAAAUGUCACCCAUCUGAAGUGUUUCAUGGAAGUGUUGUAGUCUAAAGGUAAAAUGAAAUACAUUUAAACAUUAGCACAUCUGUAUUCAGUGCGUCGAGAUGUAAUUCAUUUCUUUUAAAAGUGCCGUUAACAUAUUCUGCAUACUGUAUAUAUAGUUCCUUUGUUCUUCCCCAAAAAGCCUUUUAAAGCUUCAAACCUCCCCUCUAUUUUACUCAAGUUGUCCUGCUUGAACUUCAAGCCUAUUGUUCAUAACCUUUCACUCUUUACAACCACAAAUCCACCCCCCACCCCCACCCCA